AUGGAGAAGACUAAUGGCCGACGAGUAAUUCUGUUUCCAUUACCAUUACAAGGCUGCAUAAACCCUAUGAUUCAGCUAGCAAAGAUCCUCCACUCGAGAGGUUUCUCCAUCACUGUGAUCCACACGCGCUUCAACGCGCCAAAAGCUUCAAGCCACCCUCUCUUCACCUUCUUACAAAUCCCAGAUGGCUUGUCUGAAGCAGAGACAAGAACUCGCGAUGUCACACUUCUCAUAACGCUUCUCAACCAAAGAUGUGAGUCUCCGUUCCGUGAGUGUUUGACUAAACUGUUUGCAGAGUCAGAAACAGAGGAAGAAAAACAGAGGACAAGCUGUUUGAUCGAUGAUUCUAAUUGGCUCUUCACACAAUCCGUGGCGGAGAGUUUUAAUCUUCCAAGAUUUGUCCUCUGCACAUAUAAAUUCACAUUCUUUCUAGGUCAUUUGCUUGUUCCUCAGCUUCGCCGUGAAGGGUUUCUUCCAUUUCCAGAUUCUGAAGCAGAGGAUCUAGUUCCGGUCUUUCCGCCGCUUCGAAAGAAAGAUCUUUCGCGAAUUAUGAGAAACAGCCGUCAAAGCGAGCUACUCGAUUCUUACUUGCAAAAGAUACUCGAGACGACGAAGCGAGCUUCAGGGAUCAUAGUCAUGUCCUGCGAAGAGCUUGACCGAGAUUCACUUGCAGAGUCCAACGAAGUCUUCACCUUUCCGAUAUUCCCCAUCGGCCCAUCUCACAUCCAUGACGUGCAAGCCUCGUCUAGCAGCUUGUUCGAACCGGACCAGAGUUGCAUUCCAUGGUUAGAUAAGCGUGAAACGAGAUCAGUAACCUACGUGAGCUUAGGCAGCAUUGUGACCAUCAGCGAGUCUGAAUUAUUGGAGAUUGCUUGUGGACUAAGCAACACCAACCUAUCCUUUCUUUGGGUUGUCCGGCCUGGUUCAGUCCACGGCAGAGAUUGGAUCGAAUCUUUACCACAAGGGUUUAUUGAAAGUCUUGACGAGAAGGGAAAGAUAGUGAAAUGGGCCCCACAAAAGGAGGUUCUUGCGCAUCGAGCCAUUGGAGGGUUUUUGACACACAAUGGAUGGAACUCGACGGUAGAGAGUAUAUGCGAAGGGGUUCCUAUGAUCAGCUUGCCUUUUGCGUGGGACCAAAUGCUAAACGCGAGAUUCGUCAGCGAUGUCUGGAGGAUCGGGAUUCAUUUGGAAGGUCGCAUAGAGAGAAGAGAAAUCGAGAGAGCCGUGAGAAGACUAAUGCUUGGAUCGGAAGGAGAAGGUAUUCGAGAGAGAAUUAACGCGUUGCGAGAUGAAGUAAGAAGAUCGGUUCAACGAGGAGGAUCGUCUUCUCGAUAUCUAGAUGAUCUGGUUGAUCGUAUUUUAUCAUUCUAG